AUGGGCGUCGAGAAUUACCACGUGAUCGAGCUCGUAGGUGAGGGUUCCUUCGGGAAGGUGUACAAAGGAAGACGCAAGUACACGGGACAGACCGUUGCAAUGAAGUUCAUAAUGAAGCACGGGAAAACUGAGAAGGAUAUUCACAAUUUGAGACAAGAAAUCGAGCUUGUUGUUGGAGGCGUGAAUGUCAAUUGGGAUGUAACAAUUAGGGUUUUUCUGUCAAGUUAUAGUGUCAUGGGUGAGAUGAGUCGAUUGUAUGUUGCCUUUCCCUUGUAUUUUUGCAAAUUGGCUAUUUCUUUGACUUGGACCCGUGAUUUUCUAGUCACAAGCAGCAACCUUAUUGGUGUUUCAAGGCUCGCCUUCUUUGUUAUCUUAAGAAAGUUGAAGCAUGAGAAUAUUAUUCAAAUGCUUGAUUCCUUUGAAAGCCCGCAAGAGUUUUGUGUUGUCACAGAAUUUGCCCAAUAUGCACAAUUAGCUGAUAGUGGAACAGGCCAACAUGCAUCAUUAGAGAUGUUGUCAUGCUGA